UCAUGACAACAGGAGACGCAGCUACGUGACAACUUGGGAUCGAGCUGGAGCUGAGUUGAAUCAAUUUGCAUAUUUUGCAGUGUUUUUAGAUGUCUGGCAGAACGAUGACCUUGGAGCAACAUUGAUCCAAGGUGCCACAGAGAAGAUGAACAUAGAUGUCCUUGCUAGAAUUCGCCCACCGCAGAGGGGAGAGGGUGCACAUAAUCUUAAAAUACAAGGCAGCAAAAUCAAGCAGGAUGAAACAAAUACUGCCCAUGCAUUCCAUGCCAUCUUCGAUGAUGACAGCACCACAGAUACAAUCUACAAGGAAUCGGUGUCAUCCUUGGUGGACCUCGUGGUGGCAGGUUUCAACUGCAGUUUGCUGAGCAUUGGAGAGAGCGGAUCCGGAAAGAGCCACACCCUGUUUGGCGAUGGGAAAUCCAGAUUGGGCAUGGUCCAUAUGGCCGUGAGAGGGAUCUUUGAUCAGCUAGGCGAUACCAGAGAGAGGGCUAGCAGAAAUGAUGCCCUGAUGAAUGGCAAGGUUACAAUCAGCAUGUACGAAGUCUACAAUGAGAUCAUUAGAGAUCUUCUAAGGCAAUCAGAAGGCACUCCAACUGGAGGAGGACCCAGAGAACUCACGGUCAAUGCAAAGAAAUGGGUUCAUGUCAAGGACCUGACACAAUCUACAUUGAGGACUGAGAGUGAUGCAUAUUCCGAGUUGAGUCGGGGAUUGAAUGAGAGAACGCAGGCAUCUACAGACUAUGGACGCACUCAAGCCAAGUCUUCUCUCUUUGUGGAGGUUACAUUGAAGAUGGAGAAAGAAGAAUUUGGUUAUCCCCACGAAUCCACUUUCCUGUUUGUUGAGCUGCCUGGUGUCGAAAAACUAGCGUUGAACCAGCAGGAGCUCCGCAAGAAAGAGGGCGCUGUUCAGAAUAGAUCGAUAUCAUCAUUUGGUCAGCUGAUCAGCAACCUUUCCACCAGACAGAAUCCAGAUAGGGUAGUCAAUUACAGUGAAUCUAAAGUCACCAGUCUGUUGGAGAAUGCUAUUGGUGGCAAUUGCAAAACCAAGGCAAUCAUGCACUUCAGUCCAAACCCCCAACCUCUCCAUCUCAAGACAUCUCUCAUCGUAUCAGGACAACUCUCAAGGAUCAACAACUUCUUCAUCAUGAAUGAUAUAGCUGCUAGGGCCCUCAUUACCCAGUAUCAUGCAAGGCUCAUCAGCCUUCAAGGUCAACUGGGUGUUACCAUGACAACCGAGCCGGCAAGAGAAGACGUGACAGAGGACCAAGCCAAGUUAGCAAGAGACAAUUUGAAGCUGAAGGAAGAGAAUGAUUACCUUAGGCGGAGACUGGAUCAGAUUCAGAGCCGAUUUGGAGACAUUGCCUCAGCUAAGACUGACCUUUCAUCUAGACUUAUUGGCAGUGAGGAAGAGAAACUGAAGCUUUCAAAGAUGCUGGUUGACAUGAGAAUUGAAAACAACAAACUGAAAGAGAGAGGCCAAGAGAACUUUGAACUGAAAAACAAGGUGCUGGCCCUGGAAAACCGCAUGAUCCAAGCAGAAUCUGAGAGGGAUCGACUUCUUAGAGACUAUCGUCAGAUCAGGGGCCACUUUGAUGAGAUUGACAAGGAGAGACAGGAUGUCGGAGAUCGCUAUGUCUACCUCAAUGCAGACUAUAAGGCAUUGGCUAAAAAAUACGAGAGCGAGGUGGCAAGAAACCAAGAGCUUGGUCUUGAGCUUCUGAACCUACUGAAUGCUGAAGUGACCCUCUUGAAGCAGAGAGACAACCUAGGACUGGCUGGGCAGGCUUCAAGGAAUGGAGGCAGUGAUGAUCUAUCAAGGGUCAGGGAUAUUGCUCUAGGGUUAUCGGCUGAGAGACAGAAGGUUGCUGCAACUGAUAAUGAUAGACAUGAUCUAAAAAAGCAGCUAUUUGGAAACCAUGAUAGAUUCCGUGGAGAGAUUGAUCAAAUGAAGAGCCAUUAUGACAAAGAACAGGACAAGCUACAAGGCAUUAUAUCUCAGUUGAACCAAGAUGUUCAGAAUAUGAGACAGGCUGACCGAGAGACCCAUCGGAAGCUCACUGAAGCUGAAGUUGAACUGCUGGUGCUCCGAUCCAAGUCUAAAGAGCUGCAGUCGGCCAAUAGUAAACUACAGCUUCAGAUGAAAGAGAAGAAUGAGGAAGUCAGAGCCAGGCUUGUCAAGUACCUCCAAGAUAUUGCGGAUCACAUUGAUAAGUCCCAUGGGUCGUCAGGUAGAGACACGGGAGACGGUCUAAACAACCAGAUAGCAGCCAUGGUGAAGGAUCUAAAGCAGACGUACCGCACCAGGGAAUCCCAGCUUAGUGAUGCAGCCAGGGAGUACAAACGCACUGCGGAUGCGGUAGCCAAGAAACAUCAACGGCUCAUUGUAGAGUAUAGACUCCUUAGACAACAGUUGAAGGAAAAGAACCUUCCUGGAGUUGACACAGGACCUGAUGAAGAUCAACUGACAUUGGAUACAGAAGAAGUUGAGUCCAUCAACAGGAGAGAACUCACCAAAGUCAUGAAACAGCUCAGAGAAACGGAAACCGAACUCAACAAAAUAAAAAGAGAAGGAUCUUCCGAUGAACAUUGGAAAUCUCUGAAGGAUGAAUUUCUCAAGACGCAGAAUGAACUUGAAGCAGAGAGGGCCAAUCUCCUUGCCAACAACUCUGUCUUAGAAGAACAACUCAACGAAUGUCAAGAUUACAUACAAACUCAUAUGGCAAGAUACAAAGAUGAGAUCAGAAGACUCAGGAGACAGCUCGGAAUGGAUGACCAGGUGGACUUGCUUGGAUUGACCGACGAUUACGGACAUUCAAGAUGGAGGGACCCCCGGCUCGCCCACGUACCCCAAUCCCUCCGCAAGUACCGCACCCUCCCCGAAAUAUGAUUUUCUUAAAUGCAUUUCAUGAAGAGUUUGGUUGGUGGUUUUCACUUACUUAUUUACUCUCAGCCAAUCAGAGGCAAGGAUUUCUAAUGGCUUAUAGCAACCACUAAAAUACUAUGCUCAGACCUUUGUUCAAGUGGGUGCUUCAUCAAGCGACUCUUAAAGUUACCCAUGACUUUUCAAUCAUUAGGAACAUGUUCUUAGGUGUUGAGUCAGCUACGUAGGGAUAAAUUAUUUAGCACAAGAGAGGGUCACCAGUCUUUCAUACGUAGCUUUGAAAAUGAAACUCAGAAUUUAAGAUCAAUAUCGAUAGUCGAACAAAAUAUUAAAAAAAUAAAAAGUGUGGUUGGUUUUGUCUAGUUUUAUUCACAAGAUGUAGAUAAACCAAGCAAGUUCAACUUUUAGGGGUUUCAUCUCCAAACCCUAUUUUCUGUUCUUGACAGAUGUAUCUCGUAUGAUACAUGUAUGUGCUGUUUUCAUGUAUAAAAAAAAAAUUAACCAUUGCAAAAUGUGUUUGGAUUUGCUUUUUAUUAUGAAAAAUGCAUUAUCCGUCCAUAUAUUUUAUAUAUUUAUAUAUAUAUAUUUUAUUUGAUACAAGAAGAGUCAAAUUUAUACUUAUAUUGACAUUGCAGUGUUACUAUUUGACUUUACUUAAAAGUCUGUCCAAGUCUCAGAGAUUGGUAAAAAUGGUGAUCGCAUACCUACCAAGGGUUCCUAUUAAAUAGACCUUAUGUGUUGACUUAAUCAUGCUGUCAUCUUAGCCGAGGCUGAAGUCAUUUCCUUGAAUACGUUGGUGAUCUGCUGCUGGCGCAUCUUCUUCUUCCUGUUACUGCAGGCAAACUCCUCAAUCGGGAUAUAAUUGCUGCAGGUGUGUGUGGCUAGUGAUAAAUUUGAAUUAAUGAUGUGCCCCCCCCCCCCGAUGAAAGUAGACAUUUGAAUUUUGUUUAGCCUUGUCUUAGAACCAUCAACCGAUUUAGCUUCAUGUAUGUCUACUAGAAGCAGAUUCCAUUCUGCCAUAUACCUUGGAAGGAAUGAGUACUUGAAGCAGUCUUUUUUGUUGUUGGUCGGGAGAAAGAGAUUGACUAUGAUUUCCGUGUCCCGACAGAAUUUUGAGAGGGAGUUGUGAGGUAUGGACCUAUGUUGAUUGAAGCACUGUGAUUUACAGAUUUAUAUAAGAGUGUAAGUCUUGAGAUAGCUCUUAUAUCUUCAAAAGAUUUCCAUUCAAGUGACUUCAGCAUCUGGGAAGCAGUACUAGCGGCUCUUUGUUGAACUGCUUCUAGUCUACUGAUGUGGUAUGGGUCCCACACAGAAGCACAGUACUCCAACUUUGGACGUACUAACACUUCAUAGGCUGUUUCUUUUACAUUUCGGGGGCAGCUAUACAAGAUUCUUCAAAGGAGGCCUAAAACACUAAUCGCUUUGAAUAUGGAAGUAUUAACAUGGUCCGACCAGGUUAAAUUGCUAUUUAUCUCAACACCCAAGUAAUUGUGACUUGUGACAACGUUUAGACGUUUCCCAUUGAUAUUAUAGGUGGUUAGAAAGGGUUUCCUUUUAUGAGUGAUGUGCAUGACAUGACACUUAUCGGUGUUAAAUCUCAUUUGCCAUGUAGCUUCCCAAUUACACAGAGUAUUUAUGUCUUGUUGUAGAAUUUUCCCAUCAUCCUGUGAUUUUAUCUCACGGUAAAGUAUACAGUCAUCUGCAAAGAGUAAAACUUGUGACUGUAUAUCUUUGGGAAGAUCGUUGACGUACAGUAAGAAUAGCAAAGGCCCUAAAACUGUACCUUGGGGGACGCCCGAUCUUACUGGAACAGAGGCGGAUGCUUCGCCUUCUAGUACUACCCUCUGAGACCGCUUAGUAAGGAAGUUUCUAAUUCAUAUUUGGAGGGGUCCUGUGAUGCCUGAUUGGUUCAGCUUGAAUAGAAGUCUCUGGUGAUGGACGGUGUCAAAGGCCUUGCUGAUGUCAGUUAUGAUAACAUCUACUUGGCCCUGGUGAUUCAAAGUCUUGGCCAGGUUGUUGACAGUUUCAGCAAGUUGGGUUUCACAGGAGUGUCCUUUCCAGGAGUCAUGUUGUUCUUUAUUUAGUAUCCCAUGUUUCUCAAGAUGAUUCAUAAUGUUCUUGUGGAUGACAUGUUCUAACAGUUUACAUGGAAUAGACGUCGACGUUGCUUGCUUCCAAGCGAUCCCCCUUUUUGAAUAUGGGAGAGAUGUUUGCCCUUAACCAGUCCUGUGACAACUCCAUUGAUAUGUAUUCCUAUAUACUCUUAUUAUGACAUCAUAUGGUCUAUAGGAACCUUCCUAUUUGGGGUAAAUAUCCACUUCAACCUGUGCAUUCCUAUUUCUGUGAACAAGACUUUAGUAUUGAUUAGGAAAUUGAAGAAUGUUCAAAUUCUCUUAAAUUUUGUAGUAAUUUUCUUGUUUUUAUUUUUAUUUUUUUUGCUUUAUAAAAACGACAGGUAUGUGAUUUAAAAAUAGAUAUGUUUAGAGACUGUACUUUCCCUUCUUAAAGCAGGAAUUUAUGUCAUCACAUAACACACUUUCAAGCUGAAAGUCUUUUUUUAAUAACAUAUACAUUUUUGUCUCACCUGCGAAGCACAGUGAGACUAUAGGCGCCGCUUUUCCGACGG